AGAAGAACGUUGUAUAUGCACGUAGGAUUUAAAUGUGUGGAGUUCGCAGGGGAAAUCAGUAACGCUGUCUGUAGACAGACUGAGAAGGACGUAACCAUGGAAUAUCCUUUUAUGAUCCAGAUGCUUGGUACAGCAUGUCCUGUGUCUGAUACAAAGCAAGAACCGACAGCCAACAUGUCUAGCAAAAGGGCAAAGACGAAGACCACCAAGAAGCGGCCUCAGCGUGCCACUUCCAAUGUAUUUGCAAUGUUUGAUCAGUCGCAGAUUCAGGAGUUCAAGGAGGCCUUCAACAUGAUCGACCAGAACAGGGACGGCUUCAUUGACAAAGAGGACCUGCACGAUAUGCUCGCCUCCCUUGGAAAGAAUCCAACGGAUGAAUACCUCGAUGCCAUGAUGAAUGAGGCUCCAGGCCCCAUAAACUUCACCAUGUUCCUCACAAUGUUUGGUGAGAAGUUAAAUGGCACUGAUCCGGAAGAUGUAAUCAGGAAUGCUUUUGCUUGCUUUGAUGAAGAAGCAACAGGGUUCAUUCAGGAGGACUACCUGCGGGAGCUGCUGACCACCAUGGGGGACAGGUUCACAGACGAAGAGGUGGACGAGCUGUACAGAGAGGCACCCAUCGACAAAAAGGGCAAUUUCAACUACAUUGAAUUCACGCGCAUCCUGAAACACGGGGCAAAAGACAAGGAUGACUGAGCUAAUCCCUGGAUACCUGCAGAUAGCGCUUUUUCCACCCCCUCAGUAAUUUUAUUUCUCAUGAUCUGUUUUUUUCUUUUUUGUUUCUUGUUGGGACCUUUUACAUACGUUUUUAACAUUCCAGCUUUUUCACCUGUGGAUUCUGGGGCUGCUCAGGCACCCCUGCACCUGUGUAAUAAGACUGGGAACAGGCAGGGAGGGAGGACAGCGUACAGUGAUAGAGGUUUAGGGACAAAGAUCUGUGAGUGUGGAGGCCCAGGUAAAAAUGUCAGCAUUCCUCAUCCUAGCCAGAUUUUUACAUUUUUAAUGGUAUUUUUCAAGUAAAACUCUGCUAUAUUACUCAUGUCAUUAAAAUUUUCAUGCUAGAAGUGACCUGUUUAAUCAUAUCUGUAAAUAUUUUUGCAGCUGUAUGCAGUUCUGUUGUUACCUAUUUUUGCCUUAAAAAUGAAGCGUAAGUCACUUAAGCAUACUGAUUUUUGUACUUCAGCAACUGAGUACUUCGCUUACUACUGUGAGCACAUACAAUUAAGAAGAUCCCAUCCUUCAAAUUUUAGUGCAUUGUAAAUUAAUUAUUUCUGUCCUAGACUUGCACAUUAAAAAUUUUAAGUCUUAUGGAUGUAAUUGAGGGGGUAUUUUACCACCUUAGCGCCUCCGUUUCUUGACUCCGAGUACAGCGUUAACACUGCUUUUUAAAAACUCAGAUGCUAAAUCCUAGUGUUUUCUUUAAAAAAAUACCAUUUGUGAUUAGAAUGGUUGAGUGAUGCUUCUUACCACAUCUGCAGGACUGACAAUACAGAAUUCAUUCCA